AUGUCCAGAGCAGAAGAAAGGCCUGUUUGGGCUGGAACAGAACGAAGUCAGUUGAAUGAAGUCCGCAACAAGAAGAGCCUUGAGAAUUGUAUUCGACGGGUGGAAGAAACCCUCGGUAGGCUCGAUAUUUUAGAAGAGCUAGCUCAGGUAUGCAUCGAGCUCAGAGAGCUCAGAGCUGACAUGUCACGGCUCGCUGCUGCGGUUGAUAAGGGGGCCGCUCAACAAGAGCAGUCAUCUCAAAGCCUCCGCACUUCACGUGAAGCGAGAGACAAUGAGACCAAAGCUGUCAGGACUGAGAUAAAAAGGCGGGCCGAAGAAAAGAAAGGAGAAAACCAUAAUGCCCCAGACAAUAGGGGUGUUGAGUCGGAAGGAUUUAUUCUGUCCAAAGAAUUGCCAAGGCUUUCGUCAGCCGCUGGCGGUAUACCAGCACGAUGGGAACUUACCAAUGGCACCGGCGCCGUGGCAAAUAGGCCCGAAGAAGCAAGUGAUAAACGGAGCAGCCUGAAGUGCCACGACAUUAAGACAGCCAAGACACCAGAGGUUCAGCCAAAGCUUGAGCCAACAAAUCAACUAGAGCUCCAAGAAGUUCCGCAGGUCGGGAUGGAGAUCGUACCGUCCAAACCGCCUCUACCACCGCGCUUUUACGAACCACCUUCAAGAGGUUGUUGGAAGCAACCUACCGGAGAAUCUAGUCGAGGCCAAAAACGACCGUUCCGGGGUCAACCUGAUGGGUUCUCUGAGCAACAGACAACAGCGACUGGACAAGUCUUCCACCAACCUGACAAGGGGCCAAUUAUGAGAGUCUCAGACUCAAAUAGAACCCCAACAGAAUUUUCUAGAGAUCUCCAGUCGGUAUCCCAAAGACCAUCGUACGGUCCACUUUACGGGACUUCAGGCCAUCUGUCCGCGGAUUCAAUUCAUAAACUACAGUCGGGCUCCUGUGUUUGUAACGUCUGUCUAUCGGCACAAAGCUCUCAAAUGCGCUGUAGUGUAACAAACGGUCUACCUCACGGAAAUUCAAUCAAUCCGGCCACAGCUCCAGCCCCCUGGCCAGAGCAAGACUACAAUGCUCAUCCCACAUGUCCAACAACGCAAAACCCUUCGAUACGUUAUGGGCCAAUUUAUGGCUUACACUGCGGACCUCCAAGCUACAUAAACUCGGCCCCAUAUCAAGUAGUCUCCAAAAUGCCUUCCAUGUUUCCACAAACAUCAAACAAUUCUAUGUAUCCUAUGUCUAGUGAUCCAAGGGGGCGGUUUCCAGGCUACCUAGCCACGGCUCCGGCUCAGAGAUUACAACCGGUCUCCAACAUACCUCCUGGACAUUCACAAACACAAAACCUUCAGAUAACCGACCCUUGUCCUCGAGAUUCCUACGGAACCCAAGGUCGAGAAAUGAGGUCUGGGGAGUCUACAGCGACGAAUAGCCAACGGCUAUCCCAAAACCGCGUGACCUUAUUCCACAAUACCACGACCAGUGAUGCCUCUAUUAUUAUGCACAGUGUCGCACCAAGCGGAAGCCGCAAGACCCUUGAACGACGAAAACGUGAGGCACAAGCCAGGGAGCGAAGGCUGAAGAGCGUGGCCAUCAGGGCAAUCCAAGUGGCAAACGCGCAUGUCGGUCUCCUAAAAAAGGAGCCUUAG